UUUUUUUUUUUGGGGGUUUCUCCUUCAUGGCUGAAAUUCUUCGGUUACCUUGUCAUUUACUUCGGAAUUCUUCUCCCCUGCUACCCUCUGUUUGCUCUUCCCAAUUGGGUCUCCAACCAAAGCGAUACUCAGAUGGCUGGAUUUGUUCCACUGCAGAUUCUGCAGCUGCUCCUUUCCCACUCUUCUUCAGGCACACAAAGAGACUGCUUUCUUUCAAGGUACAUGCAACUAUUGCUGAAACUGAUCGGCCUAAAUGGUGGGAAAAGAUUGCAAGCCCAAACAUGAUUGACAUUCAUUCGACAGAAGAAUUUUUGAGAGUUCUAAGUGAAGCUGGAGAUAAAUUGGUUGUUGUCGAAUUUUAUGGCACAUGGUGUGCCUCUUGCCGGGCAUUGUUUCCCAAGCUCUGCAAGACUGCUGAAGAACACCCUGACAUUUUAUUUCUAAAAGUAAAUUUUGAUGAGAACAAGCCUAUGUGUAGAAGCUUGAAUGUAAAGGUGCUUCCUUAUUUUCACUUCUAUCGUGGAGCAGAUGGGCAGUUGGAAUCAUUUUCGUGUUCACUUGUAAAGUUUCAGAGAAUAAAGGAUGCCAUUGAAACACAUAACACGGCUCGAUGUAGCAUUGGUCCACCCAGAGGCAUUGGAGAUCUUAACUUUCCUGAAACCUUCCCAGCUGUAGCAGCAAAGGACAAGACAGUAGAAACAAGUUCAAGAUAAUCCUUGUUUCUAUCCACCAAUCAUUGAUCUUGUUGUGUGCACCUUGGGCUCAAAUGGUGAUGAUCUACAAGCAGUUCAUAGUGGUGGGCUCCCUGCUUCUAAAUUGUAUAUGCUUAUAUCUUUUCGUUUUAAAAGAAUUCUUCAGAACUGCAGGUUUUUCUGUAUUCUGUGCAA